AACUACAGUUAUUUCUUUACAGGUGCUGUUGAUGGAGUGAUGAAUGGUGUUGUCUAUCAGGAAAGCAAUGGUCCAACAGACUGCUAUGCUGCCAUAUCACAAGUAGAUCGACUGCAGUCAGAACCAGAGAGCAUUCGUAAGUGGAGAGAGGAGCAAAAGGAGCGCCUUGAGCAGCUUGAUGCUAACUCAAGAAAACAGGAAGCAGAAUGGAAGGAGAAAGCAAUAAAAGAGUUGGAGGAGUGGUAUGCCAGACAAGAUGAAAAGCUCCAGAAAACAAAAGCUACCAACAGGGCAGCUGAAGAAGCCUUUGUGAGUGAUGCAGAAGACGUUUUUCCAGGCACUGAGUGGGAACGCGUGGCUCAGCUCUGUGACUUUAAUCCCAAGUCUAGUAAGCAGGCUAAAGAUGUAUCCCGCAUGCGUUCAGUCCUCAUCUCGCUCAAGCAGGCUCCGCUGGUUCGCUGAAGGAAAGCACAAUGGAAACACUACAGAUGCAAUAUCUUAACCUUACUCAGAGAAGCUAUGUUUGCUGUAAUUGGAUUAAUUGUUUCUAUGUUUUCGUUGGACCAAACAUGAUGUAUCUAGAGCUGAUCAUUGUUUGAUUGCAUGUUCUUCCUCAUGUUGUCUUUGUUUUAAAUGAGAGAACCUCCUGAACUGUAGUCUGUGCUAUUUGCACUGAGAAGUCACUUCCAGCGUAACUGAUAUUAAAAAUGUGUUAAACUGCAAAA